AUGAGUUUCUGCCUCAAGGAAUUAGCCGUUAAAAGAAAAAACUCUGCCCUUGCCGGCCCCAAGCCCCAGGGAAACCGGAGGAGGGUUGGAGGCUGGGGCGAAGUGUCGAUAAAACUCAGUCAUCUGGCCCUCAUGGUAUUUCCGUCAUCGAAAAGCGUCGAUAUCACGACUCGCGCUCAGGCCGGUGUUGGCGUUCUGGUAGAACCCAGCCUUUCCGAUAGAAUAAUCGAUUGGAAGCCUGUCAGCGGAAGGGUAGUAAUCCUCCGACUGAAGCUACAACAGACUAAAUCGAUGACCUUGGUGCAGGUCUAUGCGCCCAAUUUGGAAGGAGAAUAUGAGACCUUCCUUGAGCAAGUGCAGUGGGCUCUGUACGAAAUGCCAAAUACACCGUCCCUCAUAAUCGUGGGCAAUUUUAACGCGCAUAUCGGAGUAGACGCUGAAAAGCAAAACGACGUGAAUUGA